GAGGGAUCGCCAACAAUGGCACAAAUGGUGUCCACGUCUUUCGGACCCAGGAACCAGGGUUUCCAGGUGGGGCCGAAUUAUGGGUCAAUCAACACGGAAUUCCACCUGCCGCCAGAACGACCCGAAUCACCGCCCGCCCCCUUUGCGAUUAUCCCCUUCUCCCGCGAUCCCGAUUUUGUCAACCGUGGAGACAUUCUCGACCAGAUCGACCAGCGAUGUUCCGAGCCGGCCGCCCGCGUGGCUCUCGUAGGCCUUGGUGGUGUCGGCAAAUCACAACUGGCCAUCGAAUAUGCUCACCGGAUUGCCGCGGGGCAGCCUGACACGUGGGUGUUCUGGGUCCAUGCGGGUACGCAGGCGCGCGUCGAAGAGGGCUUCAGGACGAUUGCCGACGCCGUCAAGUUGCCCGGCCGGAACCAACCCAAGGCCAACAUCCGGCAGCUGGUGUACGGCUGGCUUUGCAAUGAGCGGAACGGUAGAUGGAUCUUGGUCCUCGACAGUGCUGACGACGCCGGUGUACUCUACGGCCCGACGGGCGACGAUAUAUGCAACGACCGACCAUUUGCAACGUACCUACCACAGAGCCAAAACGGAUCAGUUAUGAUCACAACACGCGAUAAAGACCUGGCUUUCAGGCUGACCGGGCGCCGACACAACAUGAUCGAAGUUGGACCGAUGGCGCAGAUUGACGCCCUCACGCUCCUAGAGAAGAAGCUGGGAUUGUUCCCGGAUACAGAUGUGGCGGCCGAUCUCCUCCGGGAGGGUGAGCGUAAAAGGAGCAGGCUUUUAGAGCACGAUGCUGGGGACCUACGGCGGGACGGAGGUGCGUCAAACGCGAUUCUUACGACAUGGCAGAUAUCCUUCAAGCAUGUUCGGUCCAAGCGGCGGUCUGCGGCGGAUCUCUUAUCGCUUAUGAGCUUUUUUGACCGACAAGGUAUUCCUAUAUGGGUUCUAAGUCGAUAUGGGUUUUUCACCCGGCCCACGAGGGCGCGGUUUUCCUGUAUAGCAAACAGUUACAUAGAUGAUGGCACAGAUAACGAUAUAGACGGCGGAUUCGAAGACGAUAUUGCGAUGCUAAGGGACUACUGUCUUAUCGCCGUGGACGAAGCAGGAGACGAGUUUGAGAUGCACGGGCUCGUACAGCUAUCGACGAGGAGGUGGCUAGAAGCAUUUGGGCAGCAGGAGACGUUCAAGCAGCAAUACAUCGAACGGAUGGCAGCGUCAUUCCCAACAGGGGAGUACGAGAACUGGGCGACGUGUCGGGGUCUCUUCGCACACGUCCAAGUAGUCCUUGGUUACCGGCCGAGUGGAGAGAUGAUUGAAACAUGGGCGGAGCUUUUGUAUAACGGCGGAUGGUAUGCGUGGUCACAAGGGAGAUACGAUAUAGCAGAGCCGAUGCUACGCAAGGCGGAGGAGGCUUGUGGGAAGAUGCUGGGAAAAGAGAGUUUAGCGACUCUAUCAUGCAUGUCGAUGUUUGCGAGAGUCCUUAACGCCCAAGGCCGGUGGGAGGAGGCCGAGAAGCGUUUUGUGCAGGUGAUGGAGACUUUCAAGACCGAGUUUGGGGUCGACCACCCGUGUACACUGGGUAUCAUGGGCGACUUGGCGGCAACGUUUUUGUAUCAGGACAGGUUGGAGGAGGCCAAAAAGCUGCUAGAACAGGUACUGGAGGCGAGCCGGAUCAAGCUAGGGGUCGACCACCUAGACACGUUGAAGAGUAUGGCCAACCUGGCGACUAUAUACGGGAAACAGUACCGGUGGGAGGAGGCCGAGAAGUUGGAGGUGCAAGUGCUGGAGGCGAGCAAGAUCAAGCUCGGAGUCGACCAUCCGGACACACUGAGGAGCAUGGCCAACUUGGCGUCAACAUUCUUGAAGCAGGGCCGGUGGGAGGAUGCCGAGACGCUCUUUGUGCCGGUGAUGGAGACUUUUAAGGCCAAGCUCGGGGCCGACCACCCAGACACGCUGACGAGCAUGGCCAACUUGGCGUUUAUUUGGAAAGAUCAAGGCCGAGACACAGAUGCAUUAGCAUUGAUGGAGGCCUGUGCCAAGGCUCAGCAGCGAGUCCUUGGCCCAGACCAUCGAGACACGCGAUCGUCCUCAGCCAUCGUAGCCAAGUGGCGCAGCUAG